CCCAUUGGCUGCUGCUCCGCGUUAAACCCGCCAAUGGCGGGGCGACUUGAGGUUGCCGUGGUUACCGAUGCCGUGAGGGGGAGAUGGCGCGGCGCGGACCGGACGGGACGGACCCGAGCCGAGCCUAACCUGGCUUGGCCUGGCCUGGCCUAGCCGAGCUGUGCCGUGCCGUGCCUGGGGCGGCUCCGCCGGGACAGCCCGCGGGGACGGGAGGCUGGUCCGGCCCCGCCCGCCGGAGCCGUCGCGGUAUAAAAAAUACAUAAAAAAUAAAAAUGGGUGAACUGGACCAUGGAACGUUGUUUUCAGCUCAUAGGAUUAGUGGUGGAGACAAUUUGGUGGUUCCUGCCAGAAAUGCUCUUUGCAGCCAGAAGUACAAACCCAUUGACUACGAACAUCUGUAUGACCUUGCUGCAGAGGCAAAAAUGGCCUCUGCACAAAUUCAGUUAAAGAUUAAAAAAGCAGAACAAGUUUCAAAAAUUAGCAAAGAGCAAAUGCUGCUGAAACAGCAUCGUCAGGUGUGGUGGCAAGAGUAUAGGAAACUGAGUGACAGCAGGCAAAAAGCAGAAGAAGAAAUGAAGACUUUUCUUGAUGAAGAAAGCCAUAAGAGCAACUUUUUUUUUGAUUUGAGGGACUUGGAGCAGAAAUUGUCCAAGGAGUGGGACGCUUACCAAACAAACGCUUUAGUUCCUGUCUGUCAGCUAAAGGAGGAUUUGAAACUCCAGCUGUCUAAAAUGCAGCAUUACCUCUCAAAAGAAUCUUGUCAGAAACCCAAGAUCAAUUCAGCUGAGGUGUUACAGCAGAUCAAAUUUAUGAAGAAGCAACAGAAGGCAAUUUUGGAAAGUCUCAUCCUUGAGAGUCUGGCUUUGGAAAGAGAGCUCGAAGAGUACAAAGAAAAUGCAUUAGUGCACUCUUCUGAAGAGAAAAACGGGCUUUUCCUUGAAGUUCCUCCCGAGCUGCUGUCUCUGGAAUGCCCUUACCCUGACCUGAAGACCUUGGUGAUCGAGGAGUACCAGGAGCUCGCCAGUGGCUACUGGGCGAAGCUUCAGGAGGUGGAUCAGCAGCUGGAAGCUUUAUCUAGGAACAGUGACUGGAAGGAAGACGAUCAGUGGGUUUUCCAGACUGUUAUCAAUCAGUACCCAAGUGAUCUUCAGAGGAGGAGGACUUUGUACCUGGAUAUGCUGCAGAGGUAUCUUCCCCACAAAUCCAGGCAGGAGCUGGUGGCUCAUGAGAAGACUUGGGAUCAUUCCCACUCCAUCAGGAAUCGGCGCAGAGUCUUGCUGUUAACCUGGGCUCAGGUUAGGAAAGCCUUUGUCCUCAGGGCCAUGGCCACUGCUGCUGAAGCUGCUGCUGCUCGUGAGGCAGAAGUGGUGCUGGCUGAUUCCAGGCAAAAGCAACUGGAGAUCUGUGCUGAUCUGAAAGCAAAGGUUCUACAAUGGAAAGCACAGCAGGAAGAAGCUGCUAAACUAGAAGCUGCUGUAGCUGCCAGAAGAAAAGCAAAGGAAGAUGAGAGAGAAAGGCUACAGAGAGAACAGGAAACCAUUCGUAGAGCUCAGGAUAAAGAGAAACUGAAAAAAUACUGGGCUGAGAAAGAGCUCAAGUGGCAAGAACAGGAGGAGAGAGAUCUACAACAUCUGGAGGAACUGAGAAAAUUAAUGGCUGAACAAGCAGCCAAAGACAAAGAAAGGGUGCAGUUCCGACGAGCCCUGCUGGAGAAGCGGCUGCAGGAGAAGAAGGAGCUGGCCCUGCUCCAGGCCCGGCAGGAGGAGGAGAAGGAGAAGCGCCUGGCAGCGCUCCGGCAGCAGGUUGCCGUUGUUGCAAAAUUAGAUCCAGCCAGAGCAGUGGCUGACACGGUGGCAUCAAAAGCUCGGAUGGGCAUUGGAACCAACGCCGAGUCUGAGCUGCAGCAGCCCCUGUUCAGGUUGCACACGUACAGUGAGGAGCAGGUCAUUUCUGACCCCAGGCUCCGUGUCGAGCUCGCUCUCCGAGAAGCUGGACUGCAUAAAACACUUUAUGCAAGAGAGGUUUUGUCAAAACUUCCACCACCGAAGCUUCCAAGAAGAGACAUGGAAUCUACAGCUUUUGGAAUGUAGAGCACGUCUCAUCUGAGGGGCAGAGCAGCAUCAGGGCUCUGGGCUGGCCCACAGUAUGCAAACCUUCAAUUCCCUUGGCUUGUCCUAGAAGGGCUCAGUUCCCUGUGUGUGCACUCCAAGCCCUUCUGAGCUGUGCUGCACCACGUUCCACCUGCCCGCUGUGGGUCUGCAGAGGCUGGGCUCUGUGCUCCUGGAGGCUUGCCCACGUCCCUGGAGCUGGGACACCUUGCUGAGGGACUCCUACACACAGCCCAGGCCAGUCUGAUGUGCAGCACCUUGACUAGGAAUUCUUGGGAUUUAAUUGGCAGCAGAAGUCCAAAAUAGCUUUGCACAGCAGUUAUUUUAGAUUUUAUUAUGUUAUGUGAAUAAAUCCCACUAUUUUCUUCCAAGGUUUCUUGAGAAUUUGAUUCUUUUAGGUAUAAAAUCUUCAUUGCCAUGAAUGUUUCUAAUAUUCCUUGAUUAUAAGAUGAAACUUAAACCUUUGUCUAUAUUUAGAAGGCAACUUCCUGCAUCAUAUUUACUGCAAACCAGUCAUUCAAUUUCAUAUUGCAGAUUAGUUUUUCAGCAUAAAUUAUAAAUAGAGCUGGGAUCUUUAUUUCUUUAUUUUCUGGUGUGACAGACUCCUGAGACUGAGCACAGGAGCAGCAUAAUCCCAGUGUUGCAGCUGAGUUUAGUGGGGAAAUGCUGCAGAGCCUGCCCUGAGCUGGGGGAGUGAUGUCUUCUGGCCUCAGCCUUGGUGUGCUUGUGCUAAAAUUAACAACUCUGUGUAUAUUUGUGCUUUUUAUUUUGGUAUCUCCUUUGGGGUAACUCGUUAUUUUUAAAACACACUUGGCCACCUCAAACCAGCUAUUCCUGUGGGGAUAUUCCCUGGAUAUUCCUGUGGGGAGACCAGCAGUGCUCUGCUGUGGGGAACAGACUGGCUGUGAGACAAUUCCCAGAAAGGCAUCAUCCCAAACCUAGGCAGUUGAUUUUUUUUUUUUUCCCUUGCCUUUAAAAGCAGAUCUACACGAUAAAAAAAAUUUGCACCACUGAAAUUGAGAUUAUAGUUGUCAUAUUUUAUAAAUACCAAGAUGUUAAUGAAAAAGAAAGUUUAAAGGGAGCAGACAUUGGUUUUGAAAUAGCGGGCACGGAUUUUUAGGCUGAGACUUGUGGUUAUUUUCAUGUCUGUAAUUUCUCAGGGUAGAGACUGAGUAGAAGUCUAUAGAAGUCUGGGCUACCUCAGUACAACGAUAAGUCAGGGCCUUUAGUGAUACAGUGAGGCCAGAGUGAGGAUUUUGGUGGGGGGCUUCACGUAACAGUGGAGCAUGGAGAACAUGCAGGUCAGUAAAAGGGUACUCACACAGCACUACCAAGGCUGCUUGUGCCAGGAGACCCCUUGGCUGCUCCCCAGCCUGGCCAGACACCUCUUUCCUGCUCCCGUGGGAAGGAGGUGGAUGUUUCACCCUACUUCAUAAUCCUCACUUUAGUAUCGGUCACAACUGAUCAGAACCCUUCAGGAAAUGGAGAUGCUUACAAUGACAUUGGUUUUCAUGAUAAAUCUUUCUACACUUGAACAACAACAACAACAACAACAACCAAAUU